UUCCCUCUAUAAAAUUUGCGAAACUCGGCUGAAAUCGUAAAACAAAGGUUUCCUCCCAAAGACAGCGAACGAAGAAAACUUUUUUUCCCACCAAAACAUCCAUGGCGGCGAGCGUAGUUCCACCGGGACGGGGAGCCCGUAGGGCGACUACCGACGAUGAGAGGCUCGUCUUCGAGACGACGGAGGGGAUCGAACCGGUUGCCAGCUUCGAAAACAUGGGAAUUAAUGACAGCCUGCUCCGUGGAAUCUACGAGUACGGGUUCGAGAAGCCCUCCGCCAUUCAGCAGCGAGCCGUUAUGCCGAUAAUUAAAGGCCGCGACGUCAUUGCCCAGGCACAAUCCGGUACCGGGAAAACCUCCAUGAUUGCCCUCACUGUUUGCCAGGUCGUUGAUAUCAACAGCAAAGAGGUGCAGGCAUUGGUAUUGUCUCCUACAAGGGAGCUGGCUUCACAAACAGAGAAAGUUAUCCUAGCAAUCGGUCAAUACUUGAACAUUCAAGCACAUGCAUGCAUUGGUGGCAAAAGUGUGGGUGAAGAUAUUAGAAAGCUAGAGCAUGGAGUUCAUGUUGUAUCCGGAACACCAGGAAGAGUAUGUGACAUGAUCAAGAGAAGGACUUUGCGCACAAGAGCCAUUAAACUAUUAGUCCUUGAUGAAUCAGAUGAGAUGUUGAGCAGAGGUUUCAAGGAUCAAAUAUAUGAUGUUUACAGAUAUCUUCCACCAGAACUUCAGGUUUGCCUGAUCUCAGCCACACUGCCAAAUGAAAUUUUGGAGAUGACUGGCAAAUUCAUGACUGAUCCCGUGAAGAUACUUGUAAAACGUGAUGAAUUGACUUUGGAGGUAUGUAAUGACAUUAUAGAGGGUAUCAAACAGUUCUUUGUUGCCGUGGAGAAGGAAGAGUGGAAAUUUGAUACUCUAUGUGACCUUUAUGAUACACUUACCAUCACUCAAGCUGUUAUUUUCUGUAAUACAAAGCGGAAGGUUGAUUGGUUGACUGAAAAGAUGCGCUCCAGCAACUUCACAGUUUCAUCUAUGCAUGGUGACAUGCCUCAGAAAGAGAGAGAUGCAAUUAUGAAAGAGUUCAGGGAUGGUACUACACGUGUUCUCAUCACGACCGAUGUUUGGGCCCGUGGAUUAGAUGUUCAGCAGGCAAGUUUCUUUCUUCAUGUCUUUUUUUUUUUUGUGUCUCUUGUGAUUAAUUAUGACCUGCCAAACAACCGUGAGCUUUACAUUCAUCGAAUUGGUCGGUCUGGACGUUUUGGACGCAAGGGUGUGGCCAUCAAUUUCGUGAAGUCGGAUGAUAUCAGGAUUUUAAGAGAUAUAGAGCAAUACUACAGCACACAGAUUGACGAAAUGCCGAUGAAUGUUGCUGACCUGAUAUAAAGAAACCUGUUAUGGUUUGUCAAUGCGGGUGGUGAGAAUGGAUUGCUUCUCUUCCAAGCCAGCAGGAUGAGGAAGUGUAUUGGUGUUUGUUAUUAAUGGUGCUGGAAUGACUCUGUUUUUGUGAGGAAGAGAUGAAGUGAGAAACGUGUACUAUAUCUGUGUGUUUUGGUGGGGCUGAACAUUAUCUGUUUGCUGUUUGGGAUUUAGGGCAAUCUCAUGUUAUAAUACAGUAUGGGAAUCUGCAAUUCAAGUAUUUUCUUUUCUGCUUCCCUCUUGCAACCUUUGUUAUGGUAAUUUAUGCUUGCUGGAUUGUAUGAUCAACUAUCAUCAAAUCAGUUAAAUGCCUGUAAAACCCGUCAAGGAAUCUAUGAUCAACUUUCAAAAAUUCAGC